AACAGGUUUCCCCUUAAAUAUAUUACACAAUAUAAUAAUUGUCUUUCUAUCAGAAUACUGUCAGAUCUAUUUUUGCGCCUUCGUCUUUUAUUUUGAAAGCAACAACCGGAAUUUAUUUUCUUCUGUCGCCGCCUGGCUUGACUGGUCAAGAGUCUGAUGAGCGUAGUGGAGGAGAGAGAGAGCCGGUGGCGCGUGCGUGUCCUGUCAUUGCAUAUACUGGCUCGAGUUGUCACGAGCCUGUCAGCCAACUAAUGUAUUGCUGUCACAGAAGAGCGUAAGUAGUGAGUUUACAAAGAAACAAGGGGAAUUUAAACCGGGAACACGCCGCGACAGAAGAAACUAGACGCAGGAUGGGCGAACGGGUGGAAAGCGCGUUUCGCGUUGAAACCACUGGAUCCCAUUGGCUGCUGCCUGUCAGCGACUACUUGUGCUUCCCUCUUGAUCAGGUGAAUUUUUUGGCGUGCCAGCUGUUUGGCCUGGCGGCUGCCUUCUGGUUCCGUCUCUACCUCAGUCCUAGCCAUGCCAAUCCCCUGGUCAGGCACUCUGUGGCCGCCCUCCUGGGCGUCGUCUUUCUCAUCUUCUGCUUUGGAUGGUACUCGGCUCACAUCCUGACACUGGUGCUUGCAAGCUACUUGAUCAUCAUCAACGCUGAUAUCAACAAUGUACACAGGUAUUCCAUGGUGACGGCUAUGGGCUACUUGACCGCGUGCCAAGUGAGCAGAGUCUUCAUCUAUAACUAUGGAGUUCUGUCCACUGACUUCUCCGGGCCUCUGAUGAUAGUAACCCAGAAGAUAACAACACUGGCUUUCCAGCUCCAUGACGGUAUGUGUAAGAAAUCUGAACAACUGACCUCUGAGCAGAAGCCUUUGGCUAUUAAUGUGAGGCCUUCUCUCAUCGAGUACCUGAGUUACAAUCUGAACUUCAUGAGUGUCUUCGUGGGACCAUGUAGCAACUAUAAAGAAUACAUAGACUUCAUAGAGGGCAGACACAUCCGCAGGAAGCUGAAGCAGCACUUUGGGACGUGCAAUGGGCAGAACGGCUACGAUAAGACCCCGGACCCAUCACCUCUGAACGCUGUCUGUCGGAAAUUGCUGAUCUGCUGCGGCUGCACGCUGUUCCUCCUCACGGUGACUCGGUCUUUGCCGAUAACGUACAACGUGGACCCCCAUUUUGUGAGCCAAGCCCCCUUCCUCACCAGGCUCACCUACGCCUUCUUCUCUAUACAAGCAGCCCGGCCCAAAUUCUACUUCGCCUGGACAAUAGCUGAUGCGGUCAACAACGCUGCAGGUUACGGUUUCUCGGGGUUGGAUGAAAAUGGAAAGCCAUCUUGGGAUCUCAUCUGUAACCUCAACAUUUUAGGGAUUGAGACCGCAACCAGUUUUAAGGCAUUCAUAGACAACUGGAACAUUCAAACAGGAAUUUGGCUCAAAACGGUGUGUUAUGACCGAGCCCCUAAACACAGGUUGGCGUUGACCUUCUUCCUGUCUGCCCUGUGGCACGGUGUUUACCCGGGCUACUAUUUCACAUUCAUCACUGCCAUCCCCAUCACCAUGGCAGCACGAGCUGUACGGACGUCAGUCCGCCACUACUUUCUGGGCUCCAGAGGCUUGAAGCUGGGUUACGACAUCUUAACUUGGGCAGCCACUCAGCUGGCCAUCUGCUACACUGUUAUGCCUUUUCUUCUUCUGGCAGUAGAACCCACUUUGGUUUAUUACAGGUCUAUGUACUUCCAUGUUCACAUAAUCAGCAUUCUGGCUGCGAUCGCCCUGCAUUGGAAACACAAACCCAGUGAACCCUCUGCCGCCAGCAAAACGUGUUUUUCCUCCUCUUCAUCCUCCUCCUCCUCGUCUCAGUGCUCAGCACAGGGCCAGCCUGUUCACUCCAACAACAAUACAAACAAAGUAGAUUGAAAAUCCCCUUUUCACACUCUUUUACCAGGCUCUCAGUCGAGGGUGUUCUCUCAAAGACAAGUGAAUAAAGAGCAUUCAGCCAAUUUGUAAAGAGAAAACACGAUUUAUUUUUUUGGGACAGUACAGAUACAUAUCCUGUGGCUCCGGAUGUACAUGGGGAGAGCUGUUCUGCCACGGUGGAAGAUUCACGAGAUCACAACCUGAUUCUGAUUCUAAGACAACACGACAAACAAACGCACAGCGGGCAAACUGGCAAAGACGAACAUUAGCCGAGGGAACAUCUGCGGUACCACAAACCGGGACGCGGGCCGCCACCUGCCCCCACUCUCGUCCACUUUCCUCCCCGGAGGCCCAUCACAACGCCAGCCUGCCUGCUCCGACAACAAUGCAACAGUGUGGAGAGAGAAAGGAGGCUCACUUUAUUUCUCGUCCUCUAUCUGCGCUGUCCUGCCAAUCGGUGGGAUCGGAGCCAGCACAGUGGGAGAGCAGCUCAUGAACAGGGAGGGCACAAAUACCAGGACACACACAAACAGACACAAAUGUGCUCCAUACUCCCUCCUAGGCAGGCUCGUACUUGGUCACACUCUACACACAAUGGCUGCUCUUGUGCGGCCACAACAAAAGAGCAUACCAAGAGGAGAGAGAGAGAGAGAGCCCUGGUUCCUAUGUGUGUGUAAUCUUUUUACUUUGUGCUACGUCCCACUAACCUCUGCCACUGACCCUGUGUAAGUGUGUGUAAGUGAGUGAGUGAGUGAGUGAGUGUGUGUGUGUGUGUGUGUGUGUGUGGACCCUGGCCUAAAAAAAACUGUGCACUGCAUUGGUACCCACUGUUCGUGUGUGCUGACUGAGUGGGACGACACUUGAAAUACCAAUGAGAGCAUGCAGCUCUUAAGCUGUCCAGUGAAACUGACCGUUGAAGUCUUUGAAGGCCGGCUGGCAGCUCCUCCAGGUGGGAGACCUGACCGUUGAAGAACAAGUCAACACAUCAAUUCAAU